CAAAAACAAUAGUCAAAUAUAUUUUUAAUUGUGAGAAGAAGAAAAAAAAAUGACGAAGAGGGGGAGGGCAGGUCGGAGCGUAGACGGGGGAUGAGUGGAGGACGACGGAGAUAAGAUAAGUUUGACCUAACAACUCUGAUCACGGAUCGUCCAUCAUCUUUUCAUUCCAAUUCUCUCUCUCUCUCUGUUACGGUAACUUCACUCCUUCCUCUGAUCCCCAAUUUCUGAUAUUCUCAUUCUGAUCCAUCAACAACACUGGCAGCAACUGAGUUGAAAUUCAAUUAUUAUUAUUAUGGUGUGAGUUGGUUGGUUGGUUGGUUCAAUGUUGGAAUUACUUUACUCCCCUCCUCUAUGGGCAACUCUUAUCGCCGCUGCUUUUCUCCUUACCACUCUUACUCUCUCCCUCUAUCUUCUUUUUGAGCAUCUUUCCGCUUAUAAGAAUCCCGAAGAGCAGAAGUUCUUGAUUGGUGUUAUCCUCAUGGUUCCCUGCUACUCUAUUGAAUCUUUUGUGUCCUUGGUCAAUCCUUCCAUUAGUGUUGACUGCGAGAUACUCCGUGAUUGCUAUGAAUCAUUUGCCAUGUAUUGCUUUGGAAGAUACCUUAUUGCCUGCCUCGGAGGCGAAGAAAGGACUCUUUUGUUUAUGGAAAGAGAAGGCCGUGCUACUUUUAAAACUCCUCUUCUCCACCAUUCUUCUCACUCUGGCAUUAUAAACCAUCCUUUUCCUCUCAAAUACUUCCUUAACCCAUGGAAACUUGGUCCCCGCUUUUUCCAAAUUGUCAAAUCUGGUAUUGUUCAAUAUAUGAUCAUCAAAUCUUUUACUGCUGUUUUGGCCGUAAUCCUUGAAGCCUUUGGAGUCUACUGUGAAGGAGAAUUCAAAGUAGGAUGUGGGUAUCCUUAUGUGGCAGUGGUUCUAAAUUUCAGUCAGUCAUGGGCACUGUACUGCCUUGUUCAAUUUUAUACUGUUACAAAGGAAGAAUUGGCUCAUAUAAAGCCAUUGGCCAAAUUUUUGACAUUUAAAUCAAUUGUGUUUCUCACUUGGUGGCAAGGUGUGGCAAUUGCUCUAUUAUAUACGUUUGGUUUGUUCAAAAGUCCCAUCGCACAAGGCUUGCAUUUUAAGUCAAGUGUCCAAGAUUUCAUCAUUUGCAUUGAGAUGGGCAUUGCUUCCAUAGUUCACCUGUAUGUAUUUCCAGCAAAGCCUUAUGAGCUAAUGGGAGAGCGCCUCUCAGGAAGUGUUUCAGUUCUGGGAGAUUACUCUGCUGAUUGUCCUCUUGACCCUGAUGAGAUUAGAGACAGUGAGAGACCCACAAAACUGCGUCUUCCUGCACCUGAUGUUGAUGCCAAGAGUGGGAUGACAAUUAGAGAGAGUGUUCGUGAUGUUGUUAUUGGCGGCGGUGGAUAUAUUGUUAAAGAUGUGAGGUUCACGGUCCAUCAAGCAGUGGAGCCUGUGGAAAAGGGGUUCACUAGAUUCAAUGAAAAACUACAUAAGAUAUCCCAAAACAUUAAAAAGCAUGAGAAAGAUAAAAGAAGAAUCAAGGAUGACAGCUGCAUCGGGUCAUCAUCACCUGCAAGGAGGUUGAUUCGGGGAAUCGAUGAUCCCCUCUUGAAUGGGAGUGUCAGUGAUAGUGCGAUGUCGAGGGGAAAGAAGCACCACCGUCGGAAAUCUGGAUAUACGAGUGGAGAGAGUGGUGGAGAAAGCAGUAGUGAUCAAACCUAUGGUAGCUACCAGGUUAGGGGCCAUAGGUGGGUUACUAAAGAGUAAUGAAUGCUUUAGGGGACUAGUUUGGCGAAGUUGCUAGAUUCUGGCGGUUGAUGUACCUAGCGCUGAGCUGUGAUGUAUUGUGGGAGAAAUUAUUUGUUACGUGUACUCAGGCUUGCUUUUAUAACAUGCCCGAUGCUGAGAGUUCAGUUGAAAUUUAUUAUUUAUCAUUUUCCGUCAGAUGAAAUCACGAUGUCCAUGUGACAUUACUAUAAUUGGUCUUCUUCUGUAUUGUAUAGAGGUUUCUUCUCGCAGCUGCUUUGUACCAAAAAAGAAAUUUCCAACAGUUGCUAGAAUAAGCUGCAUAUUUGUUGGGGAUAAUAUUGUGUGCUUCUGGAGCUAUUUAGCAUUUUAAAUUUGAAUGUGAAUGUUAGUUUUA